UCAAAGCACUAACCGGGGUCUACUCUUCUCUUCUCUUCAUCAUCAUCAACAUCGCAUUCGAUACAACGAAAGUUUCGAAACCUUGUAGGAGCUAUUUUCACCAAAGAGCUCUGUUCUACUUUGAUCGGGAAACUGUAACAAUGGUCGGAAUUCUUCUGGGGUUGCCUGGGAAGUGGGCAGAAGAUGAGCUUGAGCCUUCUGAUCACUACACAACCAAAAUCGGUGGUCUUCCGGAUUGGCCGCCAAUACCCGAUGAUGCACUGAAACCAGAACUACUCAAUUGUUGUUCAUGUGGAAGUAAACUUUCUCUCGUAGCUCAGGUGUAUGCCCCAAUCUCAACUGAAAUUUUAGACAUCCAAGAGCGUACCCUCUAUAUAUUUGGUUGCUUGAUGCCUAAAUGUGGAACCUCUGAACAAAGUUGGAGAGCUUUUAGCAUUCAGAAAGCUAUAGCAAAAGAGAAAGGAUCAACUAAAAUAGCGGAUUUGCCUGUGGCCUUUCCUAAAACACAUCGGUUAGACGGUGAUGAUGAUGAUGAUGAUGAUGAUGAUGAAGAUUUUGAUUUUGCGAGUUUAGCUAAGGCGCUGGCAGAGGCUUCUUCUGCUGCGGCUUCCAUUACGAAGAAACAAAAGAGUAAACCAAGUGGCAAUGCUAGUUCAGGGACUAAAGCAAAGCCUUCACCUUUGAAAUCUGAAACAAGAGUUGAGGAUCAUAUUAAACUUGAGACUGGUGCGGUGGUUCCGUGCUUCUACAUUUAUACAAAGGAAGAGAUCCCCUCAAAAGAAGUUGAUCGAUUCUCACAGAAUUAUUCGUCUCUGUCUAUUAAGGAUAAAGGAACCGGCAACAAUGAUGAGAGUGAAUCCGAAGAAAAGUGGGAGGAUGAGAAAUAUGAAUAUGACAAAGCCCUGAAUGCAGAUAGGACUUAUCUUAAGUUCAAAAAACGGCUAGAUGCAAAUCCGGAACAAUGUUUCAGGUAAUUGUCAUUCACUUGUAUCCUAUGGUGGUCUAAUUUUCAAAUCUUCACUUUUGCUAUGUAAUUUUCUUGCAAUGGUCAGGUACUGGUAUGGCGGUAAGCCGAUACUAGCCACAGAAGACAUGAAAUCUCCGGAUAAAUGCAGGAACUGCGACUCUCAAAGGCACUUUGAGAUACAACUCAUGCCUCCAUUAAUAUAUUUUCUACAUGAAGGUGUUGUUGAUAAAGGAAUUAAGCAAUCAUUGGAUAAUUGGGAUUGGAUGACACUUAUUGUCUACACUUGUUCCAAGAGCUGUGCAAACGCUGUGAAUGGCGAUUGGGUUGUUACUGAGGAGUGUGUUGCAGUACAGUAUGAGAAACCGAUGAAUCUUGAUCAUGCUAGCUUCUUCAAAUGAAAAUUUUCCCCUAAGAAGAUGUUGCUCAAGUGAUUAUAGCUAUCAAGAAGUCAAAUGCGCCAUGGAAUUAUCUUCUUAAAUUGUUUCAGGACAGAUGUCCCCAAGAAGAUGGAGCUGCUAAACAUACAUUUCUUUUGUUAAAAUGAUUAGUCUUUAUGUAACAUUAAAUUUUAUAAGACAGAUGCUUUUAUUGGAUUAGUUUUGAUUUAAUUCUCUUUAAGGUCAAUGCAAGAACCGUUCAAACCAAAAAUGUGUUCUGCUUCUUUUGAUGCGAGAAACAUGGCGCCAACUCUUUCUCAUCUCUCUCUUUCUUCCUUCUCUCUGUUCUAUCAUUUUCUUUUGGC